GUGGUUGGAAGCUGAGCAGCCUUCCCGAACGGGACUAGCGCCGCUCCACGUUCGACGCCCGUCUUUAGCGACCAGGAUGGCUCUGACAUUUCUGACUCCUUCAUCCAUCAACAACGCGCGUGCUUGUGCUAUAUCGGAUCGCCUCACCAUCCACAAUCGCGCUCUAUCCCUUCCAACCCUCGAUUGACGCGACAUUCUCGCCCCUGCGGCCCCAAAUCUCGACGCUUUUGCAAAAUGCCUGGUGGAAAGGGAAAGUCUAUCGGUGGGAAGGCCGGCUCCAAGGACUCUGCGGGGAAGAGCCAGAAGUCCCACAGCGCAAAGGCUGGUCUGCAGUUCCCCUGCGGUCGUGUUAAGCGCUUCUUGAAGAACAACACGCAGAACAAGAUGCGCGUCGGCGCCAAAGCCGCCGUCUAUGUCACCGCUGUCCUUGAGUAUUUGACCGCCGAAGUGCUCGAGCUGGCUGGAAACGCCGCGAAGGAUCUCAAAGUCAAGCGUAUCACCCCGCGCCACCUGCAGCUCGCCAUCCGUGGAGACGAAGAACUGGAUACCCUGAUCCGCGCCACCAUUGCUUUCGGAGGUGUCCUGCCGCGCAUCAACCGCGCGCUCCUGCUGAAGGUCGAGCAGAAGAAGAAGAACAAGACCGAGGCUUAAAUGAUGGUGGAUACCCGACGAACUAUGGCGUUUGGUGAUUGAUGAUCGUUGAAUGGGGAAAAUCGAGGAACGUGACUUGACCGUGAUCUUGAUCCCACUCCACCCUCGCGAACCGGAAAAUCAGGGAGAUAGGGAAUCAGGACACAUCUCACACGAACAACCCCACCGUUUUAUUCACGACGCUGCAAAGCUCGAAAUGUUUUUCUAGGUUUUCGCGUCCUUCCCAUCUUUUAUUUUACUAUUUCCCCCUGAUAGCUGGAUGUCUUUUGUAUCUCCGUUUUUGUGUCAGAUUCUCUCCACGGGCGCUAGUAAUGGGAAAAAGGGGAUUUUUUUUCGGUAGUGGGAAAGUUAUUCUUUGUCUCUUUUUUCUUAUUCAUUUUCUCCCUUCUACCCCCUUUUGCUAUGUACGCUGUUUUAUUCCUUCGGCUUUCUCUUUAAUAUGAACGGUGUCAAGUCUGCUUGUUUAUUU